CCUAAUGAUGUGUGCACACUAAUCCUGGACAACAAUCAGAUCAUUAAGCUGGAACAUUUGGAAAAAUUCAGAAACCUCAUGCAGGACUAUUAAAUGGAGAAAAAAUGACCAUUCUCUGAAGAAAAUGGUCAGUAGAAAUGGCGCAGAAUAAAAGUGAAGAAUUGUAAAUGUUCGGUAGAUAAAGCACAACAUUCAAGGAAGAUACGUAUUUGAAAAUUCAGAGUUUAAUUCUUCCAGAAAGCUGACAGGAACGCAAGUGAGGGAUUUGUUCACAAUGGGAACUACAUCAAGACUGUGGAAGGAGUUGUACAAAAUAAUUUAAGUAAAGCAACACCGUGAGCAGGACCAUACCUGACAUUGUCAAGCUAUCUGUGGCCAACAAUCGCCUUGUAAGGAUGAUGGGAGUAGCAAAACUGACUAGUCUACGAGUGCUGAACCUGCCCAACAACAGUAUUGGAUGUGUAGAAGGUUUGAAGGACUUGGUGCAUUUAGAAUGGCUAAACCUGGCUGGCAACAACCUCAAGUCAACAGAUCAUUUGAAUAACGCUUCACAUCUGCAGCAUCUUGAUUUAUCAGAGAAUAAUAUCUCACAAAUUGGAGACCUCUCAAAACUCACUUCUUUGCAGAAUAUGAGAAAGUUAACUGCUAUCUUCCUUUCUUCUCACUCUUCCGAGACUCUUCUUCUACAUGGGAAUAUGAUAACAACACUCCGGUCUGCACCAGCACAGAUUCCUCAUGGAUUGCUUAUCCUUUCUUUGGCAGAAAAUGAAAUUAGAGAUUUAAAUGAGGUUUCAUUUCUGGCUUCUUUUCCUAAGUUGGAACAGCUGUCAGUUAUGAAUAACCCUUGUGUGAUGACAGCUCCCUCUCUCCCAGGAUUUGAUUAUCGCCCUUAUCUUAUCAGCUGGUGUCUCAACAUUAGAGUGCUAGAUGGUUAUGUUGUGUCCCAGAAAGAAAGUUUAAAGGCUGAGUGGCUUUAUAGCCAAGGGAAAGGCCGAUCUUUCCGCCUUGGUCAGCAUGUUCAGUUGGUUCAGUAUUUAGCAUCUGUGUGUCCUCUAUCAAGUACACCUGCCUUGCAGAGUGCUGAAGAUGCCAAACUUGAGAAAAUAUUGAACAAGCAAAGGUUGCAUCAGAGACAGCUAAUGCAGCAGCAUCAAAAUGGAGGUUUUCCUUCCACAACAUCCAGAAGGUCUCAUUACACUGAAGCUGAAUACCCAAGUGCAGAUCAUUCUGAACUCAAGGCAUCCACUGACAGUGAACCAAUGAUUAAAGUCAACUCCUGGAUUGACAUGAACACAACUGAAGACAACUCUUUUGCAGUCAAAAACAUGGUUGCAGUGUCAGGGAAGAGUGAGAGAGACACUUAUGGUGAUAUUUUCGUAGAGGACCUCCAGAGAGAUGAGGACAAACUGAACUGCAGUCUCCUCCCUUCAGAAUCAGCAUUUAUGCCUGACACAUCUGAGUUAUCCCCAGGCUUAGAGCACAGAAAGCCUGAACACACACUUGUUUCUGAAGGAGAUACAGCUCUCCUUGAAUUUGAAAGUAAAUUGUGCAGGCAGAGUGGUGACUCUAAGAAACAAACCUUUUCGGUAGGACUAGCUCAUCAAACCAAAGAAGGCAGUGAUAAAGACAGAGAAACAGAAAAGAAAAAUAAGCAGAGUGAAGGGUUCCCUAGUCCAAGUCUCAAUCUCAUGUUUUAUACAAAUAGCGUUAGUGGCUAUUUGCCAUCUACAGCAGUUGUGGAUUGCCAUCAGCCUAUGAGAGACUUCACUUCAGACAAAAAGUCAGAGUUGAUAAAAGUCUGUGACACCAGUUCAUCUGUGGAGAAUGAGCCUUUGAAACAUUGCAUCCCUGAUGAACACCUCAAUACAUUUCAACAUUUGAACAAAGCUGCUACCCGAAUUCAAGCAUGCUGGAGAGGAUUUUCUGCCAGAAACUUCAACUGCAGAGUUAAGGACAUACGAUAUGAAAUCAGGCUUCAACGAAUGCAGGAACACAUUGUGAUUUUGACAAAUGAAGUGGCCAGGUUGAAAAAGAAAUAUCAAGAGGAACGAAUUCAGAGACUUGUGCAAGAAGAAGCUAUCAAAUUCCUUUGGAACGAGGUGAGAUCUCUCCAGAAGUGGCACAAUUCUAUGAACCAGCAGAGUUUGCCAUCUCAGUUCAGCAACACUAAAUCAAGUAGAAUGUCUUCUCCAAUGCAGUUUGUCAGUGCAACAAAUCAGAAUUCUGUUCCUGUCAACAAGAGUGAUCACUGCAACUUGAAGAAUUCUAAUGCUCAGACUUGGCAUUCUGUACUGGAUUUUCCAGAUUCUGGCUUCCACUCCUCAAAUUUGGAACCAUCCAGUGUUUCUCAUCAGAGCUCCUCAGAUGGCAAUGGAAGUGGAAGUAGUGGUACAGGGUCUUCAGUGGAAACCAUUAAACAUUAUGCAGAGGAAGUACCACAAAAGCUAUCAGAGCUUGAUAUUGUAACUAAGCCCCUCUCAUAUAGUGACCACGAUAACAGCCUUCUUCAGCAGUAUCUAAACUCAGUUCAGCAGCUGGAAGAUGCUGAUGAUGGAUCAAGUUGUAGUGAUAGAACCACUAGCAGUAGGUUUCGAACAGCUGAUAUUUCAGAACAAGAUUCUUUACUAGAAAAUAUAUCAAAUGAAGUUUCAUGUAAUAUAUCUGUUUCACCAGAGACAUUAAGUAGUACACCAAAAACAUCACAAGGUUUACCCAGUCAAGCCUCAGAAAUGUCCUUCAUCUAAAUUUAAAUAAGCCAUCUGAAAACAAUGUACUCUUAACAGCUCCUGAAUUCUUAAUCUGUAGUGAAAAACUGUAGUCUUAAAUUAUGGUUUGCUUUGUUUUUGGGGCAGGGCAUUUCUAAGUGGAGCAGGUGAUUGUCAUGGAUGAAAGUUACCUGUGGUAAAACGGCUUGACUGAAUGUCACUUUACACUGAUGUCAGAAAGCUGAAUCCCAGAUCGCUAAACAGAGGAAACAUACAUUUUUCUUUAGGGUUUCCUUUUUUCCCUGCCCCCCCACACUAAUAGUAAUGUAGUCUAAGAUCACUGCACUGCUCACCAUUGGUUUCUGGUUUUGGUACAGAGUGGCACUUUGUCAAUUUAUCUUCAGUCAGGUCUCCUACUUAGACUAGAAAUUUUUUGUUCAAGAGUAUUUAUACCACCUUUUUGUCUGCCAGGCCUUUGCAUUCUUUUCAACGAAAGCAUGCAAAUGCUUGCAACUGAGCUCUCUGGCAUUGGUGUAUUUUCUCUGUAAGCAUUGGGAUAUAUUGUAAUGAAGUUGUAAAUUAUGUUCAAAAUUUUUUGUGGAUAUAAAUUUAUUUAAAACACGUUUUCUACAAUUUUUAAGAGUUAUUCAUCCAUUACCUGUAACAAUGCAAAACAUCAUAUUUUGACCCUUCAGUUAAAAGGUAGAUGUGGAAAAAGUAACUUGCCUGGUUUCUGAAGUGUCUUAGCAGAUCAGAUUAGUGCAAUCUUCAUGAAUUACACAUUUUUGAAAUGCUAGUUCUGCAUAAUCAUUUGUGUAGCAUAUGUCUGAGAUGUAUUUUUUUCCGGCAUGUAAAGCUGUGACAGAUAUUUGCAGUUUAUAUAUGUGCUUAAAAUCUUUUCUCUCACAGAAAGCUAAUGCCUUCCAGUGGAAUUCUAAGCCAUCAUAAGACAGUUUCAUGACUUCCAGACAUUCUGUAUCAGCUAUUAGCUCUUUUUGUUUCAAAAUAUUUGCACUGCAUUAAGAAACAAAACUUUUUCAAACUGAUAAUAAAUGUAUUCACUGUGCUUUAACAUGUGUUAAAUUGCUUAAUAUACUAUUGCCCCGUGAAUGAAGUGUAGAAAUAGGAAGAGUGUUUGCUAGAAUCUUGUUUGUGCUUUCAUUGCCUAUGAAACUGUUCCUGUUAUGUACAAGUCUUCUUUCUUGCCAAGUCUAUUAAGGCUCUUUUAAAAGACUGCAUCUUUUCUCAGUGCUAUGUAAUUCAAAUUAUACACUGGAAAACACAAGUCUUAAUGCUGCUUGCACACUUGCAUUACCAGUUGUGAUAUUUCAUAAUAUUGCUAUAGCUAAAAUUAAAAUUCUUGACUCUU